UACUUCUGCCUUGGUGCGCAAUGACUGAUGCUGAGCGAAGGGAAAGGAAAAAAAACAUUGCAUUUCUUUCCAGAUGUGCAUUUGAUCACAAUCCAAACUGGGCAUUUUUAUUCAUGCACGCUCUGUCGUCCUAAAACAUGUGAUAGUCUUCAUACAAUGCUGAUGCAAGGGGUUUUGCUUUUUUGCAGCAUCAAAUACAUGGUUUUGUCGGCCCUCGGCGGUCAUCUGGUUGACUUCCAAGCACCUUCAUCAAUCUGAGCAGAAGUUUGUUGCAGGAAGUCACCAUGCUGACCACCAUCACAGAAGGAAUACUUUGCUGCCUAACUGGGAAGGCCGCCCGUCUAGUUUUACCAUUAGAGUCGACGGAGCCCUCCGAUGGUUUCGAGUUCGUGGAGGUGAAACCCGGACGAGUCCUGCGAGUGCGUCACAUCGUCCCCGAGCGUCAGACGGUCAUCAGCAACGAUUACGCCGCGGCCCGGGAGCAGAAAGACGCUGUUCAUGACGAGCCUAAAAAUGACACUAACAGCGGUGUCCACUGCAAGAGGAAGAUCACAGUGUAUCGCAACGGCCAGCUGGUGAUUGAGAAUCUUGGCGAUGUUUUGCACUCUGAGAUCCUUCAGUGCCAGGAUGGUGAUCUGGAGCCGUGUAGUACUGUCGAAGUGGAGCUGGCUGACUAUAAAGACUUGGCCUCGUCUCCGGACCCCAACCCUGUCCCCCCUCCUGUUCCUCCACCUCCCGGUGAGCAAAAGCCCGCCCCACCUCCCCGCCGCCGACGCAGGAAGCCUAAGCGCACCGUGCUGAUCGACUCCAAGAGAGUGAUCUCCAGUUGCAAGGGGACGCACUCGGACGUAGCGUUGUUCUUUGUGCACGGUGUCGGAGGCUCGUUAGACAUUUGGAGCAGCCAAUUGGACUUUUUCUCUCGGCUGGGCUAUGAGAUCAUUGCGCCGGACUUGGCGGGGCACGGGGCCAGCACGGCCCCACAGAUUGCAGCAGCGUACACUUUUUACGCUCUGGCGGAGGAUCUACGCGCCAUCUUCAAGAGAUACGCUCGUAAACGCAACAUUCUCAUUGGCCAUUCUUAUGGAGUGUCGUUCUGCACAUUCCUGGCCCACGAAUAUCCUGACCUGGUCCACAAGGUGGUUAUGAUCAAUGGAGGCGGUCCCACAGCCUUGGAGCCCAGCCUCUGUUCCAUCUUCCAACUUCCUUCGUGUGUCCUCCACUGUCUGUCCCCUUGCUUGGCCUGGAGUUUCCUCAAAGCUGGAUUUGCCCAUCAGGGUGCCAAAGAAAAGCAGCUUUUGAAGCAGGGCAACGCCUUCAAUGUGUCUCCAUUUGUACUGCGUGCCAUGAUGAGCGGCCAAUACUGGCCCGAGGGCGAUGAGGUUUACCAUGCUGAGCUCACAGUGCCCAUCCUUCUGGUUCAUGGCAUGUGUGACAAGUUUGUGCCCAUGGAUGAAGACCAACGAAUGGCAGAGAUCCUCCUAUUUGCCUUUUUGAAAGUCAUCGAGGAAGGAAGUCACAUGGUGAUGAUGGAGUGUCCCGACACUGUCAACACACUCCUUCACGAGUUCUUUCUAUGGGAGCCCGACAUGUCCAAAAAAGACAGCGGCAAGACAGACAUGGAGAAGUGUGUCGCAUUCAGUGACUCUCUCCGCAUGCCGAGAAUCAGCAAGUCCAAUGACAAAUAACCAAUAAGGAUUCCGGCGGGUUCUUGUCGAGGAAUUAUUAAGUAGAUGGCCUUUUUGUGGCUGUUGUCAAAAUGUUCUUCAGGCUGCUUCCGGGCUGAGAGCUGUUACAUACAAGGCCAAGGCUCGAGGAAGAGGGCGGCCGCUGGUGCUUGAAGAUAAAGCUGGAAUACUGGCACGUUGCCAAGCAGAGAACAAAGAUGAGAGAAACUGAUGCAAAUAUAAAGUCAUUGUGCAUUUUUUUUUUACUCAUACCUAUUUUUGUGCACACGACUGGAGGUCAAAAGCACUGUUACAAGUUACGACGAGUGUGUCGUGUUUCUCGGAAACAACUGCGACGUGCAAAAGUCAUGAAAUGUGCGGAUUUCCUUGCCUGCGUCUUUUAUAUUGCGUCAAAUGCUGCAAGAUUAUACACUAAAAAUUGACUCAAGCUCUCAUGUCUGUUUGUCCAGUGGAAAUUCCUGGACGGACAUUUACGGGACAUGUUACAAAUUAUGCAACGUUAACUUAUAGUACAGAACUAUCCAGACAUAUAUUGCAACUCAGAUAUUAUAGAUUGGAAAAUAUUUUGAGCUGUUGCUGCUUAAAUUACAUAUUGUCGCUGUCGUGUGGAAACCUAUGGCUACAUUUGCUCCAUUCCUCAUUUUUAUCAUCAAUUGAUACUAUUGCAAAGGCCCUAUAUGGGUCUAUUAUUCUUACAAGUUAAAAAAUAGUAUGCUCUCUUUAACGAUACAAUUUCUAAUAACUCAAAGAAAUAUGCAGUUUUAUUCCAAAAGAAACGACGGUUUUACGAUGAUUCCGCCCGACAACGACAACCCAAAGGGUAUGUUUGUAUGUUAUUUACCACACGGUUGCAUGGAUAUUUAAAAAGAAUCUACAAAACAUGCUGUAGAUAUAUAUAUAUAAAAUAAGAACACAUUAAUUCCCUCAGUAAAUAAAAUUAUUGAGGCGCUGCAUUUGUGCAGAGCUAGGAUUUUUGUCUUACCCAAUGCUUUUUGCUUCAAUCAAAUUGUGUUACAGUGUAUCUGUAAAUAGACAGUGAUGCCUUGGGAGACAUUUUUUUUUCUCCAGACAAAAGCCUUUGUUGGGAUGGUUAAAUUCAACUCACUUAUUUGGCAGACAGUAAACAAGUCUUCAAAAAAGAGGCUUGUUAUUUGCCACUUGUAGUUGAAGUUUAUCGUCAAAUCUAAAAGAAAACAAAGAAAAUCGUGCACAUAGAUUUUUGUGUAUUUAACAGUCACAUGAAUCUGCUAGCUUACACAUAAUGGGACAUGCCAUAAAUGGGCUAACGAAAAGCAUCUAUGUAAAAAUAUAAAUGGCACUUAAGAGAGUCAAAGGAGUGUCCUCGUGAUUGUAGUAUACUGCCCCUGGUGGCCAAAUCACAUCCACCAGAAGGAGCUGCAAUAAUUUAGGGAAGGGGCACAAACUAAUUCUUUACAAUCGGUUCAAUUAGGUUAUCACUGUAUGAUUUUAGAAAGUGAAAUGGGAGACGUAGCUAUUUUCCUUAUUAAGAAACACAUUACAUGAUUUGGAAUACGAGCAGUCACAAAACAAAAGGAACUCGUCUGUCAAGGCACCACUGUACAUUACAAUUUAUUCUGAAAUGUCACAAACAGCCGUCGUCCAACGUAAUAAUUUGUUAUCGUAAUAACCGCUUCAAAAUCUUUUGUGUGGGUGUUUUUUUUUUUUUUUUUGCGGACUAUUGCAAACUCUCCAGUCCGCCCAGAAGAAAGAAUGAUCUCAGUCGUUUUUGCUCACUCAAAGACAUUCAUUCAUGAGUGUUGACUUGUCUCAUAGUGGGACAGUAAAGUAAGAGUUCAAGUACAGAAAACCUUUAUGAUUGAUCUCUGUCGGCAGUGGGCUAUCAUGGAAGGUGCUUUUGAAACUGGUUGUACAGUGCUUCAAAUCAAAUGAGUUAACCAAAACAAAUCUUGCUUCUCGCACAAUGCUGCUCUGUUAUACAGUACAGUAUAUGCAUUUGGACAGAGAGAGGACGCUACAAGAACAGUUUUAUGCAACUAAAUCAAAGUGGAAAUGAGAGCAACUCAAAUUGUUGCCUCUACAUAUUAUUUAAUAUUUAUGGAUUUACCCCAAAAUCAACAAUGCUACCAACGUAAUGUUAUGUGCUAUGUGUCUAUUUUGAUGUGAAAGGUCAGUAAAAGUGUAUGGAGUUACAGGGUGCACAUGUACUUCCUUCUCUGCUACAAGUGUGCAUACUUAUUGUUAGUGAUUCAGUGCUAUAUCUUCUUGUGAUUAACAAAAAUGUAUUAAUGUGAUUAUUGAAUUUAUUCAUGGGAAUCAAAAGAUAUGCACUGCUUGAAUGUGGAUGCAUAUAACAACAAUCCACACCUUUGGAGUCACACUGUAUGAAUGUGCCUUUUCCUGGCAGGAAAUAAAACUGAUCUUCACAGUC